ACUCGCGCUCCCUCCAUAUACUGACACUGCGACGCGAGAGUACCACCGUGCCCUCGUGUCAACCCCCUCCCCCACUCCCUCUUUCUUUGGUUUUUUUUUUUCACUCUAUAUAGACGACCCCCGAGGGGUUUCUACGGGAUAGCCGAAACGAUCAUUGAAAGGUUGCAGCUCGGGGUGACCCGCUCCUCAAACAAUAUAUACAUAUCGCGCCACGCAACGAUAAGCUGGGCAGAGGGAAGGACAGGGAAGAAAUAAUUCAAGAUAAUAAAAAAAAAAAAAAAGCAAAAAAAUAACAACAUAACAAUACUCGAGCGCGAGUGUUUACAACAGUGGUGGUGGUGCGAAUAGUGAGAUAUUGGAAAAUCGCGACAACGACAAAAGUAUACACACAAUACACGUACACCUGAUAAAAUAGACCAUACGUUGUACAUACGAGUAAAAGAGCAGUGAGCUAAAAGUAAAUAGUACAUCGGGAACAUGUCGACGGUCAAUUGCGAGAGGCCGAAGGUGCCGAGGCUGAAGAAGGUCCCGCCCGAGGAGGAGAUCGUCAUCAGCGGCAUUGCCGGCCGGUUUCCGGAGUCAAACGACAUGAGGCAUUUUCAGGAAAACUUGAUGAACAAGCUCGAUCUCAUUACAGACGACGAUCGAAGGUGGAAACUAAAUCACCCGGAAAUACCGCAGGACACGGGCAAGGUAAACAACCUCGAAAAGUUCGAUGCCCUAUUCUUCGGGGUGCACUUCAAGCAGGCCCACACGAUGGACCCUAUGUGCCGGAUGCUGCUGGAGCACGCGUACGAGGCUGUGGUCGAUGCCGGGGUCAACCCGCGGACGAUGCGAGGCAAGAGGUGCGGCGUCUUUAUAGGCGCCUGUUUCUCCGAGUCGGAGAAAACCUGGUUCUACGAGAAGCUGCAGGUCAACGGGUUUGGGAUAACGGGUUGCAGCCGUGCCAUGCUGGCCAAUAGGAUCUCGUACUUUUUGGGCAUCACCGGGCCCAGUUACACCGUCGACUCGGCCUGCAGCUCGAGCUUAUUUGCCCUGGAGCACGCGUACAGAGCCAUACGGGAUGGACUGUGCGACGCAGCCCUCGUGGGUGGCUGCAAUCUAUGCCUCCAUCCCUACGUCUCGCUCCAGUUUUCGAGGCUUGGCGUGCUGUCGCCGGACGGUCGUUGCAAGUCCUUCGACGAAUCGGCCAACGGGUACACGCGCAGCGAAGCCAUAGCUAUGAUAUUCCUGCAAAAGGCCAAGGACGCGAAGCGGAUUUACGCAACGGUCGUCCACGCAAAGACCAACUGCGACGGUUUCAAGGAGCAGGGCAUCACCUUCCCCUCGAGCCACAUGCAGGGCAAGCUGCUCGAGGAGUUCUACGAGGAGAUAGGCGUCCCACCCUCGAGCAUCGACUUCAUCGAGGCCCACGGCACCGGGACCAAGGUCGGCGACCCCGAGGAGGUCAACGCCCUCGACCGCGUGUUUUGCACCGGGCGCAACGAGCCCCUCUGGAUCGGCUCGAUCAAGUCCAACCUCGGCCACUCGGAGCCCGCAAGUGGCCUCUGCUCCGUCGCCAAAGUCGUCGUAGGCAUGGAGACCGGCCUCAUACCCCCCAACCUUCACUUCAAGAACGUGCGCAAGGGCAUCAAGGCCCUCGAGGAGGGCAGGCUGCGCGUCGUCACCGAGCCCACGCCGUGGAACGGUGGCCUGGCUGGUAUCAACUCGUUCGGCUUCGGUGGGGCCAACGCCCACGUCCUGCUCAAGUCCAAUCCCAAGGAGAAGGUCAACGGGGGCCAGCCCAACGACGACCUGCCCCGGCUGGUCGCCGUCUCCGGCAGGACCGAGGAGGCCGUAGACGUGCUCCUCACCGACAUUGAGAGCCGACCAGCCGACGUCGAGUACAUGAGGCUCCUGCACGACAUUCACUCGGACGACAUAAACGGCCACCUGUUCCGAGGCUACACCAUCGUGCCCGCCCGGGGACUCGUGCAGAACAAAACUCGCGAAAUCGGCAACUACUUGGGCCUGAAGAAGCCCGUUUGGUUCGUCUUCUCCGGCAUGGGGUCGCAGUGGCCGGGAAUGGGAAAGGCUCUGAUGCGGCUGCCGGUAUUCGCGGAGGCGAUAAGAAAGUGCGACGCGGCCCUGAAACCCCGCGGCGUCGACAUAGUCCACAUAAUCACGAGCAAAGACAAAACGAUCUUUGACAACAUUCUCAACUCGUUUGUCGGCAUCGCUGCCGUUCAAGUGAGUUUUAUUCAAUUCGUUACAAAAGUCGCGUUGAAAUUAAAAAAGAAAAAUGUGUUUCAAAUAUUUUCAAAUAAAUUAAACGGGGGGUAUACCAAACAAUGUACAAUACAACAGGUAGGGCCCUUUGGACGAAAAAGUCAAUGUUCUACCUCUGGUAUUUUUGCAACAAUGUUUACCAAAAAACAAACAUAUAUAUCGUACCUAAACGCAAUAAAAAAAAAUAUAUAUAUAUAUGUACAUAUGAGCAAACAAAAAAGUAUAAAAAGCGUUGUGAACGAGUGAUAGGCAAAGAACAUAUUCGCGCGGGAGGUGGCGUGCAGCAACAUCCCGUACCACAGUAGCUACAUAGCGCCAAUGGGUCCCAAGUUGCUCGCCUACCUUCAAAAAAUCCUGCCAUCGGCGAGGCCGCGCAGCUCCAAGUGGCUGAGCACCUCGGUGCCCCGCAGCCAAUGGGACACGGCCGCGGCUCGGCUAUCCUCCGCGGAGUACCACACCAACAACUUGCUCAGUCCCGUCCUCUUCGAGGAAACCUCCGUCUUGAUCCCUAAGGACGCCAUCGCCAUCGAGAUAGCGCCCCACGGCCUCCUCCAGGCGAUCCUCCGGCGAUCGCUCGCCCCGACGGUCGCCAACAUACCCCUGACCCAACGGGGCCACGAGGACAACGUCCAGGUGCUACUCCAGGCGCUCGGCAAAAUGUACAACUGCGGACUCCAGCCCCAAUUGGACAAGCUGUAUCCGGCUGUGGCUUAUCCGGUGAGCCGGUCGACGCCGAUGAUAUCGCCCCUCGUCAAGUGGGAGCACUCCGAGGACUGGUACGUGACGUCGUACAGGCUGCAGGAGAAGAUAACAUCGGGCGAGCGGGUGGUCAACGUCAUACUCACGGACGAGGACUUUGAAUUCGUGAGUGGCCACAUCAUUGACGGGCGCAACUUGUUCCCGGCCACGGGAUACUUGGCCCUCAUUUGGGAGACCGUCGGCAUGAUGCGCGGUGAGCUCUUCACCGAAGUUUCGGUCGUCUUCGAGGACGUCAAGUUCCUCAGGGCCACGACCGUCAGCAAAGAGGCCAACGUCGAGUUCACUCUUAUGGUCCAAAAAGGCACGGGGAGGUUCGAGGUCGUCGAGGGCGGCGUGGCAGUGGUGACGGGCUUCGUGCGGGUCAUAGACACCUCGAAGGACAAAAAAGUGACACCGAAACUGAUGACCACCGACAAAGACGACCCGGAGGAAUUGUCGUCCCGCGACAUCUACAAGGAGCUGAGACUCCGGGGCUACCACUACAGUGGAUACUUUCGCGCCAUCACCGGCUCCACCAUCGACGGAACGAAGGGCCGAAUCUCUUGGCACAACAACUGGGUCGCCUUCAUGGACAACAUGCUGCAGAUGCAGAUACUUGGCAGUGACACGCGCGGCCUCUUCGUACCCACGGGCAUGAUGAAGAUGACCAUCGACGCCAAGAGCCACCUCGACUACAUCCGUACGUUGCAAGACGAAGUUAAAGAAAUUCCCGUUUACGUCAACAAACCUCUCGACGUCAUCGUCUCCGGAGGCAUAGAAAUUCGUGGCCUGAAAGCCAGCGCGAUCCCGCGCAGAAAGCCGGCCGGCGAGCCGGUCCUUGAGGAGUACAAGUUCGUCGCGAACGCGGACAGAGCCGAGACGUCGAUCCGAGAUAUGGUACGCCUCGCCACGCACAUCGGCUUGGAAAACCACUUGGGCAUCAAAAUAAAGACGAUAGAGCUGUUAGAGGAGGCCGACCACGUGCCCCAGACCGGCAGUCUAUUAUCGCCCCAUAUAUUCGAGGCGCUGGGCGACAUGCCGCUCAUACAAGCGGAGGUUGGCAUCUUUGGCACCAACGUGUCCAUCGAGAACGGGACUCUGCCGGCCGGUGUCACGGUCGGCGACUUGAAAAAGAUAACUCCCGACGCCAGCGCCCUCCUGUGCGUAGGCCACGGACUUUUGUCGCCCGGUCGCGCCCAAAACCUCGAGUUGCUCCUCGCAGCCACGGAAGAGGGUGGUUUUCUGCUGUUUCGUGAAAACCCCGAGACCAAGGAUGUGGUCAAGGCCGUCCAGAGCAAGGGCCUCGAGGUCGUUAUGGAAAAGAGGUGCGGCAAGGAGCUGUGCGUCCUCGUGAGGAAGCGCGGCAAGCUACCAAAGAAGACGAUCGUCAUACCCAUCGUCAACGACAAGUUCGACUGGGUUGACGAGAUGAAAAACACCAUGAAGGACAUUUUGGAGGAGGAGUCUCCCGGCACUGCGAGGAUCGUCUUCGUCGGCCAGGGGGAUUUCGAAAACGGUCUCAUUGGAUUCGUGAACUGCAUGAGAAAGGAACCAGGUGGUGAGAUAGUCCGGGGCAUCCUCAUCCAAGACUCGAAGGCGCCCAAGUUCUCGCUCCAGGAGCCUCUGUACGCGGCGGAACUGCAAAAGGACUUGGCGGUGUGCGUGUUGCGGGAGAACGGCGUCUGGGGUAGCUACAGGCAUCUACCGUUGCCCCCGUUGGGCCUGCACCCGGUGCGACACAUCACCGCCAACCAGGCCACUCGAGGUGAUCUCACCUCGCUCACUUGGUACGAGGGCCCGAUACAGGUCGGCUUCGACAGCGAGAACCUCAUCAACGUCAUAUUUUCCUCCAUCAAUUUCCGAGACAUCAUGCUGGCCACUGGCAAACUGGCCGUGGAAGUAGUGGCAAAGACGAGACAGGCGCAAGAGUGCGUCCUAGGAUUCGAGUAUUGCGGCACGACGACUAAGGGCAAGCGAAUCAUGGGCCUUAUCGAGAAUCGAGCCAUGACCAACAUCUGUCUGGCCGAUUUUCUCUUGUCCUGGGAAAUUCCGAAAGACUGGUCGUUCGAGGACGCGGCGACAGUUCCCUGCGUGUACGGCACUUGCUACUACGCGCUCUACAUCAGCGGCCAAAUGAAAAAGGGCGACAAGGUGCUGAUCCACGCGGGUACCGGUGGCGUGGGCCAGGCGGCCAUACACCUGGCCCUGUACGAGGGCUGCGAGGUUUUCACGACCGUGGGUACCCCGGAGAAGAGGAGGUUCAUCCGCGAGCACUUCCCCCAGAUUCCGGACAACCACAUCGGCAACUCCCGCGACACCAGCUUCGAGCAGAUGAUAGCCGAGCAGACGGAUGGCCAAGGCGUGGACAUCGUUCUCAACAGUCUCGCGGAGGAAAAGCUUCUGGCGUCGGUGAACUGCCUGGCUUGGGGUGGACGCUUUUUGGAAAUCGGCAAGUUCGAUUUGGCGGCCAACAACCCCCUGGGCAUGGACUGUUUCCUCAACGAGAUCAGUUUCCACGGUAUCAUGCUGGACAACCUCUUCACAGCCGAUGAUGAAUCGAAAAUCAUGCUCAAGGAAGUUAUGAGCAAGGGCUUGACCAACGGCGCCAUCAAGCCUCUGGUCAGGACGGUGUUCCCAAGAGAUCAAGUGGAAGCGGCUUUCCGGUACAUGGCCGCUGGAAAGCAUAUGGGCAAGGUACUCAUCAAAGUCAGGGACGAAAAGGAGCCACCCAAUAAGCUCAUAAUGGCGGUGCCGCGCUUUCACUGUCUCGAAAAUCGUAGCUACAUCCUACUCGGUGGUCUCGGUGGUUUCGGUCUCGAGUUGGCCGACUGGUUGGUACUGCGAGGAGCCAAGUACCUGGUCAUCACGUCGCGCGUGGGUGUCAGAAACGGAUAUCAAAAGAUGCGCAUCAAGACUUGGGAGAGCUACGGCACGAAGGUGGUCGUAGUGUCGGGCAAGGACGCAUCGAAGCGCGAGGAUUGCCAAGCAAUUAUCGAAACGGCGUCAAAGCUGGCACCCGUGGACGGCAUAUUCAACUUGGCGGUGGUGCUGAGGGACGCGCUCUGGGACAAUCAGACCCCCGAGUCAUUCGAGGAGUCCUUCAAGUCAAAGGCCUGGUCGACCAAGCACCUGGACCUGCUCACCAGAAAACUCUGCCCCGAGCUCAGGCACUUUGUCGUCUUUUCGUCGGUAUCUUGCGGCAGGGGCAACGCCGGCCAAUCAAACUACGGGAUGUCCAACUCCGUGAUGGAGCGAAUCUGCGAGAGACGCGCGUCCGAGGGCCUGCCCGGACUGGCCGUUCAGUGGGGCGCGGUGGGCGACGUCGGUCUCGUCGCCGACAUGCAAGAGGACAACAAGGAAUUAGUCAUAGGCGGGACCCUCCAGCAGAGGAUAUCCUCGUGCUUGCACGAACUCGACGGCUUCCUGCGCCAAAAAGCCGCGAUUGUCUCGAGUAUGGUGGUGGCCGAGAAGAAAGCGGGCUCGGGGGCCAAAGCAAACAUCGUUGACACCAUCCUCAACAUAAUGGGCUUGAAGGACCUCAAGACGAUAAGCCCGCAGACGUCGCUGGCCGAGCUGGGGAUGGACUCGAUGAUGGCCGUGGAGAUCAAGCAGACCCUCGAGCGCGAGUUCGAGCUCUUCCUCACGGCUCAGGACAUUCGGGGCUUGAACUUUGCUAAACUGCAGGAGAUGUCGGCCAAGGAGACGAACGACGGGAAGAAACGGGCCGCGGACGCGGGCUCGGCCGAAGUAGUCACGGGGAUGAAGCUCCUCGUGCGGACCGUAGGUAACGUCGAGAUCAAUCCCGAAACUUGUCUCAGGCUGUCCAGCAAGGGGGAAUCCGACCGGGGGGAGGUGUACCUGGUGCCCGGUAUCGAGGGCAUCGGCACGAUCUUUUACGAGCUUGCGCCAAAAAUCAAGGCACCCGCGAUCUGCCUGCAACUCGGCACCGAGGACGUAGCCCAGGACUCCAUCACCAGCAUGGCUGACAAACUUUUGCCGCACAUACUGAAGAGGAACAAGAAUCGUCGGGACUUUUUGCUGGUGGGUUACUCGUUCGGUUCCCUGAUUGCGAUCGAGCUCGCGAGGAGGCUCGAGGCAGAGGGACUGCACGGCCGGCUCGUACUCAUCGACGGCGCGCCGGAGCUCAUGAAACUCAUCCAGAGCCAACAGCUGGCCUCAAACAGUAACGAAGAACUUCAGAGUAACAUUUUGCUCGGCAUCAUGGAUCUGAUAGUACCCGCUGCGAGUCCCGAGCUGGUCGUGCAACUAGAAAAGUGCUCGAGUUGGGAGGAGAAGCUGCAAGCCUUCCUCAAGGGCUUGUCCGCAAACGCGACAAUGGAAAUUUCCAGGGAAAGCCAAGCCGGCAUCUGUACCGCGGUGUACAAGCGGCUGCUCGCGGUCCAGAGUUACGACGCGUCCCAGCUGCCGCUCUUAAAAACGCCGAUUGUCCUACUCAAACCCACGGCGCCAACUUUGCGAACUGCGCCCGAGGAUUAUGAUCUUUGCAAGAUAACGAGGGAGAAGAUAGAAAUUCACUACGUAGAGGGGAACCACGUAACGAUUUUGGACAACAACAAAGUAGCCAUGGCCAUCAACGGCGAGCCCAUAGAGGAUGCGGAAGAAUUUAAAAAGCAAAUAACAGAGGGAUGCACGUCAAAGGCUGCGGCGCUAGCACAAUAACUUCUUUUUUCCAUAGGAUCGAAUUGUAAAUUAAUUUUUUGCUUUAACAAGUAUUUCAAAAGUUACAAAUACUUAACGAAAGGAGCUCAUCCUCUUACAUCAUACCACUUAAACCAAGAAAAUUUUUUCAUCAAAUCGCGUUGUACGUGGAAAUAUAGGAGCGAUAGAUUAGUGAAUAUUAUUUUAGUCUCACAGCUUAGCAGUUAAAGAAAUAUUUAACAAACAAAAUACAUACACAUAUAAUAUUUACUCUAUUAUUAAGCACAAAUUAUUACUUAUAUUUAAGCUUGAUCUAAAUAUGUUUUAAAUAACAAUCAACGCCAGAAAAUCAAUGUAUCAAUGCUUCAUCAUUACUUCAAAAUAUUCAUUCAACAUUUUUUUGUGUAUUCUUACAAAUCAUUGUUUGUAUUGAAAACAUAUAGUAGAAAUGUUAAGUCAAACAAUAACAUAUGUUUAAUAAUAACCCUUAAUAAAUUGAG